UACCACUACAGCUGCCCGCAAUUCUAAUCUAAAAAAAAUUUCCAAAGGGUAAUUAAUCUGUAGAAAAGUCGCUAUCGCGCUAUGCAAGUUUUUUUUUUUUAAUUUGAAAAAUGGCGCCGGUUGGAAUAAAAAGUAUCGAAGUUAGCUCUUUUUUCGACAGUUUUUCGUGGAGUAUGAUUUCGAAAAAAGCUUAGAUAGCGCGAUAAAAAUGUUCUCUCCAAAUCGGAACUACAUAUCGUCUUUUCCUUUGAAAGUGGAAGUCGCUUUGAAAAACACCAUUUUGAGAUAAACGCGUUUAAUGAUUGUCUCGCUCGGUUUCCCACUCUGUUCCUUUUCUACAAAAAACGCUGUAGCGACCAAAUAAUUUGAUAUUCGAUUUUAAAAUUUGAGAUAAUUCUUAUAACAGUACAUGCAAUCCGAUAAUGCAGCAAAAGAAUUCAAUUUUUCGAAAAUUUGACACUGAGACUAUCCUUUAAAUAAUUAUCGUUUCCGUUUGCAUCCGUAAAUGUUUCGCAGAAUAUAGUCAUCUAAAGCAUCCUAAAAUCUUCCCUCAAAACGAUUCUAUAUCAGAAAUAAAUCUGACUUUCCAUCUGCUGUUAGCCCUCGUAUGGACUGUGACAAUUUGGAAUUUUAUGAUACUGAAUUCUAUGAAUUAAAAGAAAUUACUUCUGGAAUGUUUUCUGUCGAUACAACAACAAUUUUUGCAUUUUAAUUUUGUAUAUCGGAAAUAUCAAGAUUUAUAGGAAAGGGCAUCUUGCUCUAACUAACUAAUAAAGUAACAAGUUCUUUCCAUUCACCGUAUUUGAAGUUUUCUAUUCGCAUUACAUUAGUAGAUAGAUAAUAAAUGAAUGGAGUUUGCACAGUGACUUACACCCCUAUUCUGUGCUUUUGACAAAUUAAUAAAAUAUUGACAAUUAACUCAAAUAUUUAUCAAGCGAGAUAUAUUUUGGUAUUCUGUGGCAAUCUUGUUAAAAGUAAAAGCUUCAAUUCGUAAAGCUUUCCCCACACGUAUGGUGAACAAAAUAAUGUAAAUAGAAAACAGCUGAUUUCUAUUCAAAUCAAAAUUCUAUUCGUUAAAAUGGACUGUUCUGCAACGUAAGUUUUCAAAUUUUAAUUAUUAAGAAAAUUUAUAAUUUAACUUUUAUUUGGUAGUAAACCCAAACUCGAUAGAGCUACGCACGAGCAACUGGAGGCAUAUGUUUCGUUUUGCCAAGCACACCCAGAAAUGGGUACGGGGAAAAAUUGCCCAAAAACGCCUCAACAGAUGAAGGAGUUGUGGCAGCAGCUGGCAGAUGAGCUUAAUUCGUGCAGAGGACCAACACGAAGUGCUGCAAAAUGGAAAGAGACGUUAGGCGUUUGGAAAAGCCAACUGCGCGCUCGUGCAAGGCGGUUGAAAAUGAACCAAAGGCUCACAGGUGGAGGUCCAAGUUCCAAACCGAUGACGAACUUUGAGGAAAUGGCUUUGUCUACAUUCGGUUCGGCUGCUGUAGAUGGGGUACAAAAUGUGCAAAGCCUAGGUUUAAAGCCAAUUGAGCAAAGUGAUGAAUGCGCAAUUUCUUCACCCAUGGGUAGUCCUCUACAGAUAUGCAGUCAGGUAGAUGCAACCCCAAAUCCCGAACACCAUCCAGCAAGUCCAUCGACACCACCUACGCAUCUUAGCUUGGAAAACCAGGAUGCAUCAACUUCGGUGCUAUCACGAAAGGCACGUAAUAAGCUUAUCAGCACUUUGAUAGCUGAUAUAUCAAAAAGGAAUGCUGCUGAGGAAGAGAGGCGACGGGAGCAUCGUGAAAUGAUGCAGGCCAUUCAAGGCCUAACUAAUUCUAUAACAGAACUAAUAAAAUAGAUUUCUAAUAAUGUA